GGGAGUAGAGGCCGGGGCAGAGGGCGCCGGCGGCGGAGGCCGCUGCGGCGGAGGCCGCGGAAGAUGAGCAGCAGCUGCUCAGGGCUGAGCAGGGUCCUGGUGGCCGUGGCUACAGCCCUGGCAUCUGCCUCCUCCUCCUGCCCCGAGACCUGGGGCUCCCCAGGAGUUCAGUAUGGGCAGCCUGGAAGGUCCAUGACGCUGUGUUGCCCAGGAGUGACUGCUGGGGCCCCAGUGUCUUGGUUUCGGGACCACGAGACAAGCCUGCUCCAGGGACCUGACUCUGGGCUAGGGCAAGAACUGGUCCUAACCCAGGCAGACAGCACUGACGAGGGUACCUACAUCUGCCGGACCCUGGAUGGUGCACUUGGGGGCAUGGUGACCCUGCAGCUGGGCUACCCCCCAGCCCGCCCUCUUGUCUCUUGCCGAGCAGCCGACUAUGAGAACUUCUCCUGCACUUGGAGUCCCAGCCAGGUCAGCGGUUUACCCACCCGCUACCUCACCUCCUACAGAAAGAAGACAGUGCCAGGAACUGAUGGCCAGAGGAUGAGUCCAUCCACGGGGCCCUGGCCAUGCCCACAGGAUCCCCCAGGGGCUGCCCGCUGUGUGGUCCAUGGGGCAGAGUUCUGGAGCCAGUACCGGAUCAAUGUGACUGAGGUGAAUCCCCUGGGGGUCAGCACACGCCUGCUGGAUGUGAGCUUGCAGAGCAUCUUGCGUCCUGACCCACCCCAGGGGCUUCGGGUAGAGUCAGUACCUGGCUACCCCCGUCGCCUUCGUGCCAGCUGGACAUAUCCCGCCUCCUGGCCCCGCCAACCCCACUUCCUGCUCAAGUUCCGGCUGCAGUACCGUCCAGUGCAGCAUCCUGCCUGGUCCACGGUGGAGCCGACUGGACUGGAGGAGGUGAUCACAGACGCGGUGGCUGGGCUGCCUCAUGCUGUGCGGGUCAGUGCCCGGGACUUUCUGGAUGCUGGCAUUUGGAGUGCCUGGAGCCCUGAGGCCUGGGGAACUCCAAGCACUGAGCCCCUACCAAAGGAAAUACCAGCUGGGAGUCAGCCACACACACAGCCAGAGGAGGACACUCAGGUGGACAGCCCUGCUCCCCCAAGGCCCUCCCUCCUUCCAGACCUGCUGCCACUUGACCAUAGGGACCCUCUGGAGCAGGUGGCUGUGCUGGCAUCUUUGGGAAUCUUCUCUUUCCUGGGACUAGCAGCUGGGGCCCUGGCACUGGGGCUCUGGCUGAGGCUGAGACCGGAUGGGAAGGAUGGACCCCAAAAACCUGGGUUCUUGGCCCCGAUGAUUCCAGUGGACAAGCUUCCAGGGGAGACCAAAAAAUCAGGAGACGAAGAAAUGAGAGGAGUGGUGCUGUGCAGGAGGCCAUGGAAGAUGGAUGGAAAUGGACAAAUGAUUAGAAUCUUUGGAAGCAGCAAGUGUAUGGGUUGCAGGAGUCCUGCUUUUGUGGAGCCUAUGUGAGACUGUGAGUCUGGAUAGGGGAGAGAGUGAGUAGAAGAGUGAUGAUGAGCAUGAGGAAGUCCAUGAUGGUCCUGUGAGUGAACCUGUAUGAGGGUGUGUAGCUGUCUCCUAUUUCAUGGCCCCCUGAAGCUUUCACUUUAUGUGUGCAGUAAUUUCUUUCCUUCUGUUUUAUAAUAAAGAAUUUGGCCUUUGUCCCUGGUUCCUGAGAAGGAGACUCUAAAUCUUUGGAAUUUCCAAAGAGGAAUGUCUUUGUUAUUUCUGAAUCCCUUGAAUCACACCUGAGUUUAUGCUAAGAAAUGAGAUGACCAAGGAUGGGAGUGGUCACCAGAAAGACCAACCAUCUCAUUGGAGAGUUGGCCUAACCUCCGGGGAGAGAGGGGGCUGGGGGUUGAGUUCAGUCAUGUGGCCAACAAUUCAAUAAUGCCUAUGUAAUGAAAUCUCAAUAAAAAUUCUGGACACCAAA